GGAGGGCUAGGCCGUUGGAAGAGAGGAGUGGAAACUGAAAAGGGGGACAGGGCAGACAAUGCAUAUCGAGCGGGAACAUCCCUUGGCAGACUAAUCCCCCUCCCUUCCCCAUGCAUCUCCUCCCUUCACCUUUCUUCGCUCCUCUCCUCUCUUCGCUCAUCGUUUUCUACCCGUUUCUAUCCUUUAUUCGUAGCCGCGUUGCAUUUCUUCCUUUUCUUCUCUUCUCUUUCUUCUCUUCUCUUCUCUUCUCUUCUCUUCUCUUCUCUUCUCUUAUUUUCUCUUUGACUCCUCGCAAGAGCUCUCUCGAUCUUCCUUACUUUUCUUUUAAAGAGACCCUACACACGUCGUCCUCGCCCUCGUGUUAGUCGUCGUCGUCGCCGUCGUUGUGUUUGCUUCUCCUCUUUUCCCCCUCCAAACUUUCUCUCUCUCUCUUUUCCUCUUUCUUUUUCUUUCUCUUGGCAACUUGCUAUCCACGAACAGAACUUCUUUCUCGAGCUUUCGUUUACAACGGAAAUCGAACCGAGCGACGAAACGGUGAAACGGAUGGUCUUUAGACGACGUCGAGGAUCUACGAUAGCCUGCGGAGAAUGAAAUUCUUACAAUACGGCAUUGCGAAUAUUUCAGGAACACAAUACGGUAUGUGAUAUAUACUGGAGACGUUCUUGUUGUAGCUUUCAACCGGUUAGCUUAUAUCGCCCGUCGCCUGUGGAAAUGGGAACGAGAGAUUCUUCAAAUUGAAGUAGUAUUAAUCGGGACUGGUCUAUAUAGGAAAGCAAGAAUAGAGGAUAGAUGUAAUCCUUCUCUGGUCGUUCCCGAUCUUUGAAUUAACCCGAUAAAACCAUUAGAAAUUAUUUUUUACUUUCUUACUUUUUAAUACUUUCUUUAUUAUCGCUUAUUAUUAAGCGUGCCUUUAUGAUGAUAAGUGACGACGAUAAAAUUUGAAGAAACUUUUCAUCUCUUUAUCCUUUAUCCUAAAUGAUUAGAAAUAAUGAAAGUAAAUAUGGAUUAGGUAAGAGAGAAUUAAAAAAAAAUAAAAAAAAAAAAAGAAAAAAAAUAAAGAAGUAAUAAAAAAAGAACUACGCAAACAACGUUCGCAUAACGUUCGCUCUACGAACGAAUGACUUGUGUUUAAUGUAUCGAGUAACUGUGCGCCUGUGUUGGCGAUAUAGAAAGGAGGCGCUUAAAUCGUUAUCGACGACCUUUAUUAAUAACGAAAACGUCAGGCACUUUUUUGUAAACGACUUUCUUGCGAAAUCGUUCGCCGCUGCCGGUCGUUCGAUCAAUGAAAUCUCGUCGUCUGGACUUUUCCUGCUGCAUAACGUUCUCUCUCUUUUUCUCUCUCUUUUUUUUUUCUCUCUUUCCCUCUCCUCGACCCGCCUUUUUCCGUCCUCCUCUCGAUAUUUCCAUACGCUGCGAGUCUCGAUUCACAUGUCGCGCUUUUUGAAACCCACGCGACCAAAUGCAGGGGCGGCCCACGCCGCCGGUCUCUCGCCGGGAACUCGUUCACCCACCUUCGACCUCGCCCCUUUGCAUUCGCCACCACUACUUGGCUAAAGGCUCGAAUAGAAAGAGAGAGAGAGAGAGAGAGAGAGCGAGAGAGCGAGAGAGCGAGAGAGAAAGAGAGAGUGAAAGAAAAAGAAAGAAAGCGAGAUAGCCGUGGCUAUUCGGCGAACAUUUCUGACAGUCUUUCUUAUCCGGUUACCAGCGACGUUUCCAAAGAUUCGAACGUCUCUUUCACGUUCGAUCGACCGCUACGAACGAAAGUAAUACUUUUGGCUCGGCCUCGGAUUACAUUCGCGAUUCUGUUCAGAUUUCAGCUUCGCCUUGAAGAAACUUGGCAGCGAGGGAGAAUUUCUUGUGUAUUCGUGAAUCAUUAGCGAUUACUUCAUCGUGACUAGUGUAUCCUACCCGUGAAUUCGUAGCUUCUGCUAAUUUUCACCGAUGAUCCAUCUUCGCGCGAGGAUUUAGCAAAGGAAAAUAACUAUCCGCGGGAAACGCGUCGUACGUUUUCGAUCGUCUCGAGAGAUCUUCUUCUUCUACGAAAGGUGCGAGAAGAGAAGCAGUAUAUCUCGAGUACGUUGAAUCCGUAAAGAUUUCUUCUUCUUCUUCUUCUUCUUCUUCCGUAUGCCUCUCGGAAACUGGUUGGUGAAUCAUUAGGUGCCGCGUUAACUGCAUCGACCAAUAAACUUAAGCUCCCUGUAGUCCGGUGGCAGACGCGAGUAGAGAAACUUAUUGACUCUUGGACGUUAGCUUGGAGAUCGUAUCACCCAAGGAGAGACAAGUUUCCGGUCUAUCGGUGAUAGUGCUCGCAAAGAUUUCGUUGUCUCCGUGAAAGGAUAGACGUCCGAUAAGGAAAUGACGAACGACGACAAUAAAAUCAUCGAGAGUCGAUCGGGGUGACGGCGAGAACUCGAUAGAAAGUGUGGCGAUAAAAAAAGAAAAAAAAAAAAAAGAAAAGAAAAAAAGAAAGAAAGAAAAAAAGAAAGAAAGAAAAAAAAAGCAAAUCGUCGAGGAUAAAAUUAAAUUCCAAGUAUGGCGAUCACGGCGGUUACGAGUUGCCUAGGGCCACCACCUUUGCCACCGGGCAAACGUUUCCUUCAAAAAUCUUCAAAGAAACUCUCGUCUACGUAUCGAAGCUUUCGCGACCCAGCGAUGGAAUCUUGGCUACCGAACGGAAUAAUCGAGAAAGCCGAAACGAAGCUGUGCCCUCGGGAACCACGAACACCCACGAUCGGAACGUUCGCUAGCGGUAAACUCUUCAGAAGUCGUUCCGAGGGGAAUCUCGGUACCCGUAAAACCGGCACGAAUUUGGUCGCUACUCCGCUCGACAAGUGCAUCAAAGCGAUUUACGGCAGCUGGCGGAACCUCAUGCACCUUGGCGGUAUGAGCCGGCCAUCGAAAGCCGUCACUCAGGCGAAGAAAGUAGCGCCGCCGGCCGUACCUGAUGUCUUUCGACAUUCUGGCUCUUCCUUUGGAUCGGCCGGAUAUGCGAGCAGCGAGGAUAGCUGCUUCCUCCCUGGAAGCGGCGGUGGUAGUGGUGGUGGCCCGGCCACCGACGAUGCUUCUUAUGGGAUGCCAUCUGGAAAAAGUCCGGGACCUAUUUUUACGCACCCAGGAUUUGCCUUCCCACCGGUCGUCGGCAAAUACGCUCACGCGGAGGAUCAAGGCAUCGACAUGACGCAAAGUCCUGGAAGAGAUAGUCCUGGCAGUUCGGGAUCGGGUUCAGGUUCGAGACAUUCAACCGCGUCUUUGGAUUCUGGAAGAGCAUCCGGAUAUCAUUUGGGUCCACGCGGACCCGGUGCUCUCGCGUCAUCGCCGAGGUGUUCCAUCAGCUCCCUUGGGAGCCAUCCGGACAGACCGGCGGAUCUCGACGUCGUUCACGCUUGGCUGACCGAGCUACAAUUCGAAGAAUACUUUCCCCUCUUCGCUUCAGCGGGUUACGACCUUGCUACCAUAACGCGCAUGACGCCUGAGGAUCUAACGGCUAUAGGUAUUAAGAAGCCCAAUCAUAGGAAGCGCUUGAAAGCGGAGAUAGACAAUUUGAACAUCGGAGAUGGAUUACCGGAGCAUGUACCUGGCUCGCUCGAGGAGUGGCUGAGACUUCUCAGACUCGAGGAAUAUCUCGGUGCUCUUCAUCAACAGGGUAUGCGUUCGGUCGAAGACGUUACGACUUUGACUUGGGAGGAUCUCGAAGACAUCGGUAUCGUACGUUUGGGUCAUCAAAAGAAGUUGCUAUUAGCUAUUAAAAGAGUUAAGGAUAUUCGUGCGGGCAAGCGCAUACAACCUCUCGAUCUGGCGCGUCUGCCUCCACAUCCUGGACACACGCAGGACGUCGUUAUUCAACGAGGCGGUCCCGACUUGCCGUCGCCCGACGAGGACUGCUCCUCGCCCGUUCUGAGAUCCUUUCAGAGGGGUGGAAGCGAAGCGAACACCGGUGCUGCUUGGAGGAGCAUGUACGCCGCUCUGCCGAGCGAUUACAAUACGGUGGGAAGAGGUGGAUCCCGAGGAAAGUCUUUAGAAAGCUUGGAGGACGCACCGCUCGGCUAUCCACCCUCGCCGGCGCCACAAUCGCAUCCUCAGCCGUUAGAUUGGCGCCCGCGAAGCUUCGAGGACGGCGAUCUGACUCCUACGAACGACGCUUCCGCGGUAGACGCUGGUGGGGGAACUCUUCCACGUCCGAGACAUUGCCUGGUUCGUCCGCGGCCGGUUGCAAAGGUCACCGCGACCCCAGGGCAGUUCAAGUCGUUGCCCCGUGAUUUCGACAACAAGUAUCAAUUGACGUACGGACUGGAGAGUAGUCCCCAUCUUCCUAAACGUUGUCCACCCUCGCCACCGAGACGACAAAGUUCGAGAGACACGGCUGGUCCGACCGUCGUGACCGUCGGUGGUUCUACCGUCGGUGACGUCGUUAUAGAUUGCAGCGGUCCCGUGCCUACUGCUUCCUGCGAGGAUCAUCACAUUCAUCAGCAUCAACAGCAUCAUCAUCUACAGCACCAUCAUCAUCUUCAUCACACUCCGCCUCCACCGCCAGCACCAGCGCCAGCAUCUUCCACUCCUCAACAAGCCAAUCGGCCGCCGUCUUCGAUGUCACGUUCCUGGGGCAGCGUAAGCGUCAACGUUAACGAGGAACACGAAUUAAUUGCCUCGCUCGCUCUACAACAUCGAAAUGGUUCCGAUGCCAGCUUUAAGUCGAGUUCCAGUACAGAAUCAGACUCGUUACCAUUCGCGAACGAGAAUGCCGGGACGAUAAAGCAGAGAGCUGCUCGGGCUCAAGAGUAUGCGACGAGCGGUGCCGGUGGUGGUGGUGGUGGUGGUAUCGGUGGUCACAUCGUUGGACAUCACUCUAGCGGUGGCGGUGGCGUUGGCGAACCUGCCGACGUUCUCAACGACAUUGGAAAUAUGCUUGCCACUCUGACCGACGAACUUGAUGCGAUGCUCGAAGAGGAGAAGCGUCAGGGCCUGAAUUCAUAAUCUUCACUGCCUUUCUUUGCACUUUUUCAAUUUACUAUUUACUAGCGUUGCCAUAAAUGACGGCGGGCUCUUUCGAAUCGCAACAAAUAUUUAGAUACACGCAUAAAAACUUGGCAAAGAUAUCGAAAGCAAAAUAUAUACCGGAGGCAAAAUAAAUAACCGUUGAAGGCAGACGGUAUGCGGCUAAGAGCGACCCGAUCAGAAAAGAGACGAGAGAGAGAGAGAGAGAGAGAGAGAGAGAGAGAGAGAGAGAGAGAGAGAGAGAGAGAGAGAGAGAGAGAGAGAGAGAGAGAGAGAGAGAAAAGAGAAAAGAAAACUGGAAAUAUCCAAAGGGCCGACGCGAGUCCCUUGCGCCGUCGAAACUGUUCGCGGAUAGAAGGAAACGUUCGUUCCCGAUGUGGCGACGGACGUCGUUUAACGUGUUUACGCUACAUCGACUUAACGGCAGGUAGUAAAUUAUGUCAUGGGAUAAGGAUAUUUCUACGCGCGAAAGUCGAUGCGGCGGAACUUUCCGAUGCCUUUUUCCCACGCGUUCGUAUUCUUCGAUUGGUUUAUUCGUAUUUUUCGUUAGGGAGGGGGAAGAUCUUUAUUUUUCUAUGGAAAUAUUGCGGACUUCCUUUGAAGUUUCCAGAGAUAUAAGCUGGUAUUGCAGCACCGUUGCACAAGUUUUUCUUUCUUUCUUUUUUUUUUUUUUUUUUUUUUUUUUUUUUUUUUUCUUUUCCCACAGUCGAAAGUAGUCGUAUCGUACUCUGCGUCAUUUUUAUUACUUUCUCGAGUAUUUUUUCGGUCAAAUGACGCACGAUCGGGAUGUACUUUGAAUUGAUUAUAUAACGAUACGUUUGUCGCGCACAUUGUAUUCUAUUUUUUCACAAAAGCAUUUUGUUUAAAAAUAAGAAACAUAUAUAUAUAUAUAUAUAUAUAUAUAUAUAUAUAUAUAUAUAUAUAUAUAUAUAUAUACACGUACGACGAGAUGGCGUCGGGUACGCGAAGAACGAUUUUAAUUCCUAUAAAAAAUUAUUCUUACGAAAUAAUACUCGAAAGCUUUACACUUUUUCAUCGUAUAAAGACUGACGCAUGUUCUCUGGGAAUUUCAUUGCAACAGAUAUCACGUACAUUCCAACUAUCGACUUUUCCUUUUUCACUUCCGUCCUUCCGUAGAACUAUAUAGCGUGACCGGGACCUUCGAUGACCGUUGACACUUAAAUACUAUUGUAAGGAAAGAAAGUUUCGCGUCCCAUACUCGGGUUUAUCAUAAAUCAUUCAUUCUCGUUAUAGCUACGCGAUGCGAAAAUGUAGUUACCAGCAUUUCGAUGCUACGCGACAUACAUAUUCACGAAUCGUCACACAAUAUAAUCGCGAUAUCUGUGCGAGGAACGAGAACUUUAAAACGAAUUUUGCAUCUUCAUUCGUCUCGAAUUCCUUCGACGAAGUUCCACGACGACACUUUAUAAUAAUAUUGAGAAAAAAGAAAGCCGACCGAUAGAGAAGAAAAGGCUUUAGUCGGCGAUCGAAUUUUUCCAAGGCAAUACGGUUUAGCGAUGACACAUAAUUACUGUAUGCCAAUUAACGUUUUAUAUUUAUUGUCUGUACUAAUAAACAUAGUGACGUACGUAAUUCACUAUUACCGUGUGGUGCGGCCGUGUGGUGCGUAGAGUAUCCAUGCGUAUCAAAUCAAAUCGUAAUCGUAGCAGUGGAACGUUAUAUAAGACACACCGUGUCCAGGUGCUUCUUGCUCCGAAUGCUGGUGCGUACUGAGACUUCUAUGUAGGAUUUAAGAAGCAUGAAAUUUAAUAAGGAAAAAAAUAAAUAAAUAAUUAACAAGUUAAAGGGAUAAACGUAUUAUAGAACGUGAGUUAUAGAGAGAACCGUCAACUAAGUAUUCAUUGUCAUGUUUGAAAGGAACGAUGGUAAAAAAGAAAAAAGAAAAAAAAAAACGAUCUUACUCGUACUCUGCGAAACAUAAGAAAUGCCUGUCGAGAGGUCUCCGUAUGGACCAGGUCCUCCCUGAAUCGACUAAAAAGGAAAACGGAAUGGAACAAAAGAAAAGAAAAGAAAAGAAAGAGAAAAGGGCGUGAUUCCGCGAGUGAACAUGUUUGAUGUACCAUUGUAAUCGCUCCUCCGAUGCACUCUAUAUUGUUUUUGUCUCGACACAGGUCAUUGCUCUUAAUUGGAUCCAAUUACGUUCCACCGACAUGACAAGAAACACACGGUAGAACAUACACAGAAAACAUGAGAUACACUUAAACUUAGAAUUAAUGGAUUAAAAAAUCGGGCCCGCCAACCAAGCGCAGUCCGCAGACUUGUCUUGUUAACUACUGUAGUUAUAUAGUUCUAUACAUACAUAUUUAUAUAUAUAUAUAUAUAUAUAUAUAUAUAUACAUAUAUAUAUAUAUAUAUAUACCAUUGGCGAGCAGUGAAUUUUGGGGGAGGGGGUCGUGUUUUGCGGUGCUAGAGGAUUACAAGCGACUCUAUUUCUUUUGCUUUUUCGUCAGGGUUUUCGAAUGAUGUUCGUUUGAACUAAAGGUACGUUUUAUCAUGAUAUCAGAAGAAAAAUGGACAUUGAUAAUGUAUGUGUGUGCGCGCGUCGCACACGCUCUGUAAAACUCGUGUUUGAGUAAUUGAUUGAUUAUAUACAACGAUCGACGGAACGUCGAUCUUUCCUCCCCUUAAUUUUUCAUUCGUUCCUCUCGUUAUAAAUAUUUGUAGGAUUUCUUCCUUAAGGAAAGAACGCAUCUUCCAUAUCGUAUACUUUAUAAACGAUCGAUCAGUCGUACUUCCUCGUAGUUAGUUAAUCAUGAUUAGAGAGAAAGUGAGAACGUUUAUUAGAUCUGCGAUGAUUGUUUCUUUUUUUUUCUUUUUUUUUUUUUUAGAUGUCCACGCCAUUUAACAAGCGAUUUUUUAGGACGGUGUACGAUGACGGAAACAUAGGCAGCUAACGAAGAGUUUCCUGAAAGCAUUGCUUCUGCAUGGUGUAUACAUAUUAUAGAUAUAUAAAUAUAUAUAUAUAUAUAUAGAUAUAUAUAUACAUACAGACGUGUAUAUAUACACACAUAUAUAUAUAUAUACAUAUAUAUAUCAAAUUAGAGUUAUAGAUUUUGUACAAACGUAUGCGUUGCCACGGUCUCGCUCGAGCGAGCACGAUGCCCGCCUAAGCUGCAUUGUACAACCCCCUCUCCCUUCCAUGUUGGUUUAAAUGCGCGUUAAAUAUAUUAUUUGGUUUAACGAUUACGAACGAAAGGUGAUUGCUCUUUAAAUAAAGCCAAUUGACGCACCUACUUGCUAUUUGCCGGAUCUUUUCCAAUAUCCCUUGUAUCAAUCUAUUUGCUACGAGAUAUCUACUUGCUGCGAUGAAUCAUUCUUUACAAGGGGAGGCUUCGAACGGCGUAUUACGUCAAGGGUAUAAGAAAAUUAUUGGUUCGUUUUUUUUUUCUUUCUUUUUUUUAUGAUACGUCGCCAAUAAAGAAAAUUUCUACCGGCUGACUCUGUGUGCGUUUAUUACGAUACCGGUGUUCGUUCUCUUCUAUCGUCGAUAAAAAAUGCAAUCUCGUAUGCAACGGCCUUGCACGGUGCAUCUUACAUCGAGAGAAAGUGAUACGUAGUAGUAGAUGGGCAAGUAAAAAAAAAAAUGUACGAACGUACGUGGGAUAAUUUAAUGAAGGAGUAUCGCAUGGGAUUUCGUAUAUCCUUUAUUAAAGAGAGCGCGGAUCGUAAGAUAGUACGAGUUUGAUAUCAAUCUGAAACGUUUUUAAUUUCACUAAUUUCUUCUUUCUUUUUUCCCUCGUACCACUUUAUUUGACUUUUAAAAAAGGGUUCAACUUUCAGUAAUUUAGAAGAAACGAGAUCUCUACGAAGCGCUCGACAUCGAAACGAAUGAUUCGGAAUAGAUAAAAAUAAAAGAUUGGAUUUAUCGACGGGCAAUUGGGAAAAUGCAAUUUGCGUUUUAGAGCGAAGCGAAAACACGAUCGAUUUUCGAUCGUCCAGUUCGAACGAAAUUAAAUGUCGCUCGUAAAUAGGAUUUAAAAAAAGAGACGACAACGGCGACUUUCAAUCGCAGUUUUGCUUUUUUCAGCGGUUUUUUUUUUCUUUUCAGAAAAACAAACCACUGUGUUACGUGAGUUCGUCUUAAACGUUACGUUUGUUCGUUUAAAAAUGGAGAAAUGGAUGAAAAAGCGA